CACUGAGGGGAGGGGGGAAACAGGCGGGGAGUAUGAGACGAGUUUGACUCUGGGGAAAAGCGUUGGACAGCCGAGGAAAGGAAGUAAACGGAGAAACAGGAAAAAAUAUAAAAACACACAAUACGUGCAUGCUUAGCAAACGCCGUGCAGUCCAAUCUCAGAGACAGCCUUUGCAUUUCUUUUUUUUUUCUUACUAGUUUACUGUCCGGCGGCAGCUGCAACCAACUGCCGCGCUAGCGUAUAUACAGCAGCGGGUUGUGCGGUAGAUUUACUUCAAACUUGGAUGCGGGAACUUGACAGCAGCUGGACAACAAGAGUUUUGGUGUAAAAACUGAGGUAAAGUUUGGGAAGCAGGUGUUGGAGAGUGUGACCAGUCCAGUCCAUCCGGAGACUGGAGGAAUGCACGGAGUUUAAUGCCAACUCAGGAGUGGAGCAGUGGAGGAGAACGACCGCGCUGCCUAAGUUAACGACUCGAACACUUAGUCAAGUUGUGUUAGUGUUCGCCUGUCGUGGAAGCAACACUGGAAAGUGUGAAAAUGCCAGUAAGGAAGACGGACACCCAGAGAGCGCUGCGGCUGCUGCAGGAGUACCGUGGGAGGCUGAACGCCGCCGAGGAGCCGCAGCUGACACGCUCCAUGGACAAAGUGAUCGGCAUCCUGCACAGCAGCCUCUUCCAGGCUCUCCUAGAUAUCCAAGAGUUUUAUGAGGAAACGUUACAGGACAAUCAGAAAUCUGUGGAACCUCCUAAAUUUCCUGUAACUUCACCACCAGUAAACCAGUGGGAUUUUUCCAGUCUUCCCAGCACAGCUGUGACAUCAGAAACCCUGCCUAGCAGCUUUAGCACCAGCACAGAGAAAUACAGGUACCAGGAUGAAGAUCCGACAACACCUCAGGAGCACAGCUCUCCACGUGUGCCCAGUGAGACCCAGAGGCCAGAACUGGUGCAGGUGUCAGAGAAGAACGUCUCACAGAUUGAGAAUGUGCAUGGUUUUGUCACCCAUUCACACAUCUCCCCCAUGAAGGUAGAGUCCCUGGAGUGCAUCUUUGAUGGGCCAUCACCUCUAAGACCGGAGGAGGUUCCUACCCCUGCCUUCUCCACCUUGUACUCUCAAAAUGAGACACUGCUACAGCAGACAGAUGCUGUCCCUCCGUCCACUCCUAUAAUCCCCGUGAUCCCUAUCUCGCCAGUCCCAGCCGAGACCACCAUCACGCCUGCCUCACAGGCUAACCCACCGCCUGUAGUGGUGAACACGGACAUUUUUGACACACCUCCAUACGUGAAUGGAACGGAAGCAGACUACGAAUAUGAGGAAAUAACACUUGAGCGCGGCAAUUCAGGCCUGGGUUUCAGCAUUGCAGGUGGUACAGACAAUCCCCACAUUGGUGAUGAUCCCAGCAUCUUCAUAACAAAAAUCAUCCCAGGUGGUGCGGCUGCUCAGGACGGCCGUCUCCGAGUCAAUGACUGCAUCCUGAGAGUGAAUGAUGUGGAUGUGCGGGACGUCACACACAGCAAGGCGGUAGAGGCGCUAAAAGAAGCUGGCUGUGUUGUACGGCUCUACGUCAGAAGGAGAAAACACGUCACCGAGAAGAUUGUGGAUAUAAAACUUGUGAAGGGCCCCAAAGGUCUCGGUUUCAGCAUAGCAGGCGGUGUAGGAAAUCAACACAUCCCAGGAGACAACAGCAUCUACGUCACCAAAAUCAUCGAAGGUGGAACAGCACACAAGGAUGGGAAGCUACAAAUAGGGGACAAACUCUUAGCUGUAAAUGGCGUUUGCCUUGAAGAGGUAAGCCAUGAGGAUGCUGUGGCUGCCUUAAAGAACACUCCUGACGUGGUGUACCUGAAAGUGGCCAAGCCUACCAGUGUGUUCAUAAACGACAGCUUCGCCCCCCCGGACAUUACCAACUCUUUUUCCCAACACAUGGAGAACCACAUCAGCUCUCCAAGCUAUCUGAAUCAACCAAUGGCAACCACCCCAUCUGGGCGCUACUCCCCCAUCCCCAAGAGCAUGCUGGGAGACGAGGAGAUCACAAGGGAGCCUAGGAAAGUAGUGCUGUUGAGAGGCACCACGGGACUGGGGUUUAACAUCGUUGGGGGUGAGGACGGUGAGGGUAUCUUCAUCUCCUUCAUCCUGGCCGGGGGCCCAGCAGACCUUAGCGGAGAACUGAGGAAAGGCGACCGCAUCGUCUCUGUGAAUGGCGUGGACCUCCGCACUGCAACCCACGAGCAGGCUGCAGCAGCACUGAAGAAUGCAGGCCAGACGGUGACCAUUGUGGCGCAGUACCGACCUGAGGAGUACAGUCGAUUUGAAGCCAAAAUCCAUGACCUACGGGAGCAAAUGAUGAACAGCAGUAUCAGCUCUGGGUCCGGCUCGUUGCGGACCAGCCAGAAGAGAACACUCUAUGUCAGAGCUCUGUUUGACUAUGACAAGUCAAAGGACUCUGGGCUUCCCAGCCAAGGUCUCAACUUUAAAUUUGGGGACAUCCUCCACGUGGUGAAUGCCUCGGAUGACGAGUGGUGGCAAGCACGGCAUGUUACGCCACACGGAGAGGUGGAGGAGAUCGGUGUCAUUCCCAGCAAGCGCAGAGUGGAGAAGAAGGAGAAAGCCAGGCUGAAGACGGUCAAGUUCAACUCCCGGUCUCGAGACAAAGGGCAGUCAUUCAAUGACAAGCGUAAAAAGAACCUCUUUUCCCGAAAAUUCCCUUUCUACAAGAACAAGGACCCGAGCGAGCAGGAAACGAGUGAUCUUGACCAGCAUGUGACAUCUAAUGCCAGCGAUAGUGAAAGUAGUUACCGUGGCCAGGAGGAGUAUGUCCUGUCCUAUGAGACUGUCUGCCAACAAGAAGUGAACUACACUCGUCCGGUAAUAGUCCUGGGGCCCAUGAAGGACCGAAUUAACGAUGAUCUGAUCUCGGAGUUUCCUGACAAAUUUGGGUCCUGUGUGCCCCACACUACUAGACCAAAGCGUGACUAUGAGGUAGACGGCAGGGACUACCAUUUCGUCACAUCACGGGAGCAGAUGGAGAAGGACAUUCAAGACCACAAAUUCAUUGAGGCGGGCCAGUAUAAUAACCACCUAUAUGGGACGAGUGUCCAGUCAGUAAGGGAGGUGGCAGAAAAGGGCAAGCACUGUAUUCUGGAUGUUUCAGGCAAUGCCAUCAAGCGCCUCCAGACUGCACAGCUGUAUCCUAUUGCUAUUUUCAUUAAACCAAAAUCUGUGGAGAACAUUUUGGAGAUGAACAAGAGGCUGACAGAGGAGCAGGGCAGGAAGACCUUUGACCGGGCCAUGAAGCUGGAGCAGGAAUUCACAGAGCAUUUCACCUCCAUUAUUCAGGGGGACACCUUGGAGGAUAUUUAUAACCAGAUUAAACAAAUCAUCGAAGAACAAUCUGGGCCCUACAUAUGGGUAGCAGCCAAGGAGAAGUUGUGAAGAGACUGAAGCUCUGUUUUUUUUAUUUUCAUGUUUUUAUUUUAAUGGGCCCCUGUUUAAUGGUACUCUUGUUCCAAACAUCAGAAUCCACUUAUCCUUCUGAUGUACCUUUGUCACAGGGACCAUGACACUGCCAUGUCCCGGUGUUCAAGCCCACCUAUGUUGGUAGAUGUAUCUCUUCAGGACUGGCGUUCAGAGAUCUGUGUUGGUCCUUGCAAAGGGCAUUGUCUAGCUGGCAACUGAAAGGGGAUCACAUGGUACAAUUCCUUAAUGUUUAAGGGAGGUGACUUUCUGCAAAAAAAAAGAAUAAUAAUAAUAAUAAUAAAACUUGAUUAUGUUUUUUUAGCUUUGUUUUCACAGUAAUAAGAGGAAGUGGAGUCUUCUAUUGGUUCAUAAAAACAGGAAUCAACUUUGCACGUUCUAGCUUUAAUAUGGACAAUUAUAUUUUCUCAUCAGCCUUUGUCCCCUCAUUUUUAUAGCCUUGCAACUGAACUGCAUUAACAGUAGCCUUGUCUUUUUGUCAUGAUCUAUAUGUAUUUGCUCUGGUACCUUCUUUGAUGGGCGUUAGGCAGCCAUUCAGUUUUUGGCUCCCCAGUGGCUCAAGAACAAGAAAAAUGUGCAGAAUCUGUGACUGUUACUGAAUGAUUCUUAACGCAAAUGCAGUGUCGUCUUAUUGUUAUCUGCUAUUGUCACAUUUUAAUCAUUUUUACAUGCUUUCAAAAAUUGCUUUCAUAGCCACAAACUGAAUGGCUGUUUUUAAAAAAAAUAGUGAGUAAAACGAUAACGGCAAUGCAAAAACAGAAAGAAUUUAUUGUACAAUGAAAUUUUAAAAUAUUUAACCCUCAGUAAACUGCCUAUUUUGUUAUAAUAAAGGUCUAUAUUGAACUUGAAAUGCUACAGAUAUGGGGAUUAUUUUCUUUACAUUGUCAGGCAUAUAUAUAAAUGUGAGUGUGUGUGUAUGUGUGUGUGUAUGGUAUGAAUAUAUUUUCCAUUACCAGCACCACCUUUUUUCUUUGUUUUCUUUUUUGUGUGUAAGUCAAAAGAGGAAGCAACGUGGCCCAGCAGGAGACAAGCUCUAGGGCCAACUGGUGAGGUAAAACAGUAUUUGGUACAAUACUUUUGCAAAUAGUAUGAACACGGCAGCUAGUUGCUUUUUCCUCCACCAUGUGAAUUCUCUGUGUGGUUUUCAUGUGAUAUGCAUGGUUUUAAAGCAAUAGUCUUUACUGUACAAAACAAAAACUAGUUUUUUUAAAAAGAAAAAAAAGUUUUGUGGUUUCACCUGGGGACUGUGUCAGUGUGAUAUGUUGAAAGUCUGGCUCCACAUGGGAUUGUACUGGCUUCAUGUGGACAUGACACUGGGCUCUCCGAGCUUCUCUCAACACAGGCCUUUAAGUCUUCACUAGGAGCAAUUCUUCCUGGCUCCUUGACAUGUUCCUGUUCCUUGGAGAUGAUUGUUUUUACAUGAGACUGCGUCCUCACAAAUUCACCACUGCUACAGCUGACUUUGGGACUGGAUGGUACCAAGAGCUUACCAACUUACUUCCACCUGUCAAAAGAGGAGAACAGCCAAUAAAGUCCUUCUAAAACUG